GCCCCUUGGUUGGCCACUAAAUCCCAAUAGCCUCUGUCUUUUUUCCAUGCUGCCUUUUCUAAUGCUAGUGGUUGUCUCAUUCUCUCCCUCCACUCCCUCUCUCUUCCUCCACUCUAACUUUUUCUCGUUGCCUUUUGAUUCGGUUUUUUUUUUUUUUUUGGCUUAGUGUUGUUUAGAUGUUAGCAGCUAUCCACCGAGGAAAGUCAGUAAAGAAACAACAACAGAACAACCUUAGCAUGGGGAGAGAUGGAAAAAGACACUAGUACUACCCCAGCUGCUCAUCAUCAGCAUAACCCAUCUCUCCUCCCCAAGGAAGAGUCCCCAAGGAGAUCUCCAGCGCUAAUUUCAGGAGCGGGAGGCAGCAGCGGAGGCGGUGACCGGCUGAAGAGGGAUGAGUGGAGCGAAGGGGCAGUCUCGACGCUUCUCGAGGCGUACGAGGCCAAGUGGGUCCUCAGGAACCGGGCCAAGCUUAAGGGUCAUGACUGGGAAGACGUGGCGCGGUUCGUGUCGUCGCGGGCCAAUUGCACCAAGUCCCACAAGACCCAAACCCAGUGCAAGAACAAGAUCGAGUCCAUGAAGAAGCGGUAUCGGUCGGAAUCAGCCGCCCCCGACCCCUCCUCUUGGCCUCUGUAUCAGCGUCUCGACAUGCUAUUACGAGGAAACGCUGCCACACUCCCUCCACCCCAACAACCGCCGGCGUCUCAGCUUCCGAUCAUUAACCCAACCUUCGCACUCUUGGAGCCACCGCCACCCCCGCCCCCGGCCCCGCCCCCGCCGCCUCCAGCUCCAGCUGCCGCUCCUGCUCCCGUCCCUCCUCCAGGAGUGGCACAAAAUUCACUUGGAUCAAACGGAGUCGAUAGAGUGGCUGCUAAGGAAGAUGGGGCUGGAACGAAAGUGUCGGAUCAAGUGUCCGACAAGAACCCGAUUGAGACGGACAGCAGCACACCGGCUCUCUACAGCCAUGAGAAUCAGGGGCUGAAGUCCAAGAAGCUGAAGAUGAUGAAGAGGAAGAAGAAAAAGAUGGUGGCGGCCGGGGGGAGGAAGAAGGGAAGUUCUGAGGAGUGGGAGAUUGCAGAUAGCAUCAGGUGGCUAGCAGAGGCCAUCGUGAGGUCGGAGCAGUCGAGGAUGGAGACAAUGAAGGAGGUGGAGAGGAUGAGGAUCGAGGCCGAAACCAAGAGAGGGGAGAUGGACCUCAAGAGGACUGAGAUCAUUGCUAACACUCAGUUGGAGAUUGCUAGGCUUCUCGCUGGUGGUGGCAGUGGGAAAGGGAUUGAUUCUUCCUUGAGAAUUGGAAGAAAUUGAAAAAGGGUCUUUAUAUGACCUCAAAUUUUAUCACUCCAUAGUAUCCAUGGAUUUAGAGAUGGAGAAUCCAUGUAAUAAGCAAGCGAGCUAAUUUAAUCACCAAGUGUAGUUAUCGACGAGCUCAUACCUAUACUAUGUGACAGUACGAUCAUCCUUGUAGUUCCAGAACUACUACGACUAUUGAUAUUUUUGUUUAUUUUCUGUGUA